ACAACGCGCCACUGACUUUAAACCAUGUAUUUCCUGGUUGUGGCGGAAUUGUUUUCUGAAACUGCAACAUUGCACCAGGCAACGUCUGCGCCAGAACACGCCUUCUCCUUUUGCUGAACCGCCCCUUGGGGUGCAAGAUCAUUCCUUAAUUUACAGAUGCGUGCCUGUGGAGGGAAAAGAACGCUCCGUGCCAGUUGCAAACUUGCAACGACCCAUGCGUCGGUGUAGAAAGUCAAUUGCGCUGGAGGAUGCAAGAUAGGGCCCCUUAUGUUUAAAAACAUAACGUCUUACCUGGGCGAGUGUCGCUGCGGUGUGUGCGCGUGCAUGUGAGUUCUUACCUGCGCAUGUGUCGAUGCCGGAGCCGUUAUGUUUAAAAAACAUAACGUCUUAUGCUGUAAUCCAUUUGGAUGGUAUGCCGGUACGUGCAAGUUGUAAGUAGGGUUGAGCACCGAAACUCGGUUCCAGUAGGGAACCGGUUCCGACGUAAACGGUUCUAACGAGAUCGAAUGAGAACGCACAUUUCGGUUCCUCAUAACGGUUCCUGAAUUUUUUAUCCCUCCCCCGCCCUUAUGUUGUUGCGUCAAUUUGCGUGACGUCAGUGACGCUACUGAGUGCGAUCUUGUUGAUCAAUGAAGAUGCUGAAGGCAAAACGUUCCAAGGUUUGGCUACAUUUUACAUCCAAAGAUUUAAACUCUGCGACUUGCAACAGAUGCAAUAAAGUAAUUUCAAGCAAAGGAGGUAACACGACAAAUCUUACAAAACAUCUGACGACUCACGGUGUUUAUUUAAAAGCCGAAAAAUGCACCGCGUUCGAUCAUUUACGUGACGCAAGGCCAAGCACUUCAGCAGCACAAGCCGGACAAAUAAAGACUCCCAGCCCUGCCGGUGUGGUGGUGGACAACACAGACGAUGAUGAAUCUGACAGUCACAGCACUCACAGCAGCCUUUCCACUUCGGUUACCACAGUGACACCUUUCACCCUGGCUAAGAGGUCUGAAAUAACCCAAGAGAAGGUGGAGGAAAUCCACAGGGCAGUCACCAAAUUUGUGGUGAAGGGGCUUCAUCCGUUUGCCACAGUAGAAUCGCCAUUUUUCAGGGAGAUGAUCACUGCCCUCAAUCAAAGAUACCGGCCACCAUCCAGGGAUGACCUCUCCAAUAACUUGAUACCUGCGUGGUAUUCUGUUUCAAAACAGAAUGUCAUCCAGCAGCUGGCGCAGGUCAACAAAAUUGCAAUAACUUGCGAUGGAUGGAUGGUUGCCCAGGACCACUAUCUAACAGUAACUGCCCAUUACAUUUACGAGGGCAGCAUACAGCAGAAAGUGCUAAGCACUGAAGCAGUGUACGAGUCCCAGACAGGGCCAGUGGUGGCAGAACAAAUCCACAGUAUUCUUGAGGAGUUCAAGUUGACUGGAAAAGUCAUAGCUGCCACCGUAGACAAUGCAAGCAACAUGGACGUUGCCCUGAAGAACCUGCAUUUUUUGAAAGUUGGGUGCUUUGCCCACACACUCAACCUGGCGGCACAGAAGGUGUACGGCAUUCCAGCUGUGACCAACUGGUGUGCAAAGAUUCGCUCAGUGGUGGUGUGGCUGAAGCGCUCCACUAUGAGCAAAACGGUUCUAAGAGAGAAGCAGCGACUCCUCAAUUUGCCAGAGCAUAAUGUUAUCCUGGACGUGAGGACUCGCUGGAAUUCUCUAUACCUCAUGGUGGAGCGCUUUGUAGAGCAAUUCCCUGCAAUCCAGGCAGCCUGCCUCGAUCAGAGGCUAAGGAAGCCAAUGGAGAGAGACAGACUACAAAGGCUCACCGAGACAGAUUUUGAGAAGGCAGAGGAAUUCAUGAAAGCCAUGAAAGUGUUGUACACCUCAACCCUCUGCGUGUCAAGCGACAAGACCCCCACCCCCACAUGCAGCCAAAUCAUCCCGAUCCUCACGAAGCUGGAGGCACACUAUUCAACCUCCGAUGAUGACAAACCAUUUAUGGCUGCUAUAAAAGAGAAGGUCUGGCAAGAUCUUGAAAAAAGAUACCAGGCUCAAGACAUUCAGAACUUCCUUAGGGAGGUCACCUUGAUGGACCCUCGCUUUAAAGGCAGGCUGGAAGUUGGUGUUGCGGAAGCUUGGGACAGGCUUGAGAAAGCAGGGAUUGACAAUGCCAUGGCAGUUCAGCUUCCAAAAGAGGACCCUCUUCAGAGUGAGGUAGAAGGUGAGGGUAAUGAGGUGGAGGAGGACCAAGCAGGCAGAAAUCCAAGAAGAGCUCACAAGAUGUCAGCCUUGGAGCAGUUGUUAUGAGGAUGAAGACCGAGAACUUCUCCAUGCAACUCUGACCACAAGCAGUGCCCUCUCCAUUAGAGAAGAGGUCCAGAAAGAGCAACAGAUCUACAAAGGCCUGCCAGCGAUCCCAUCUGGACAAGACCCUGUGGCCUGGUGGGGGGGUAAGAGGGAUACCCUCCCUAAUUUGUCUCUCCUGUCAGAGAAUUACUUGUGUGUGCAGGCCUCAUCAACCCCCUCUGAGAGGGUUUUCUCGUGUGCUGGGCAUGCAAUAAGUAAGGAAAGAUGUCGAAUAUUACCAGAGAAGGCCAAUAUGGUGAUAUUCCUGCAGAAGAAUUGUUAGAGAAAGAAAUGUUAAGAAAUAUACUGUAAAGUGUCCUCACCUCACCAGUCACAAAAGCUAAUUUAAUUGUGCAAUAUCUUGUUCUAUACUUGUGUUAUGUAUCUAUUUUAAUAUUUAAGGUGUUGCACUGUUCGUGUUCAGUUCAGGUCAUUAGGAGGAGAAAAUGGAGAUUAGAUUACCCUGGUAGUAUCUCUAUUAAUCUCCAGUAUUUAUAUUGUUUGAUACAAUAUUGUUUUAUUUGAUGUAAAUGUGAAUCUUUAUUUGAUAUUGCUUUAUUUAUUAUUACCAAAUGUUACUUGUAUUUAUAUUGUUUAAAGAUUUAAAGUUAUAUUGUGUUUAAUUUGGCCCUGGAAAUAAAAGGGUAUUUUUUUUGACAAAGUGUGUGCAGUUUCGUUUUUUUAAGUAUCGGUUCGAGAACCGUUUUAGCAUCGGAAUCGUUUAAAAAGUAUCGAAUAGGCACCGGAAUCGGAUGAAACCCAAACGAUAAGUCGCAAAUCUCCCAGGUUUCUUGCGGCAUUUCACUGAGGCACGCCCCCUUUUGGUCGUAGUAUCUCGUCACUUUGAAAGUAGAGCGAGUUCAGUGAGGCCGAACGCACUACUUGUAAAAAAAAAUGGCUGCACCCAUGAAGAGAUUUAUUUCCUUUGUAUUUGUAUCACAUUGGUCAUUUUAAUGUAGAUUUUAAAUGAUUUUACACACUUAAUUACAAUACUAAUUUAUGCCGGUCACCAAUUUAUGCAUUGUACGGUAUUGCUGUGCGUGCAAUACAAUGUAAAGUUGUGUGGUUUGUUUUCGAGCUAAUUAACUAAGGAGGCUAAUGUAGCUAACAAUAACAAUAGCUAGCCAAUGAGAAACGGGAAAUGUACUAUGACCAAAAGGGGACGUGCCUCUGCAAAUUCCUUAAAAAAGCUGGGAGAUUUGCGACUUGCACGUACCGGCGUACCAUCCAAAUGGAUUACAGUAUUACCUGGGCGAGUGUCGCUGCUGUGUGUGCGCGUGCAUGUGUUCUUACCUGCGUGUGUGUCGAUGGCCAACCCAGUAUCACGCAAUUAAUAAUCUAUUAAUCUACUGAAUCGUGUCCCAGAGCACGAUUGUCCGACUUUUUUCGUGCUACAGAGAACGAAAUGUAAACCAAUGCAUUCU